AUGUACGCGAGGGCGAAGAAUCGCGAAGGCGCUGGCUGCAGUUCUCUCUCAAAGCCUGUGAAAAUGUUCGAGGCCAUCCAACCUAACCCUAGCAACAACACUCAAAGCUUCUCCUUCAUCGACUGCUGGCUGCAUCGCUGGAUGCUUGGAGCGAGCAAGCAACUCCCGCCUGGUCUUCCUCCCUAA